AUGGCUACUCAAACACCAAUACGCGCGAUGACCUUUACGGGUUGUUGGACAUGUAAAAGUCGGAAGGUCAGGUGUGAUGAACGACCAGUUGCUUGUCAGAACUGCGAAAAGCGGGGAGUAUCAUGUGGCGGCUAUGGCAUAAGGCUACAGUGGGUGUCAGAUCCUGCAAUAGAAUGCCGCGAGAGCCGAAAGGUCCAAGGGCGUAUGAGUAUGAAACUAGAUCGGAACAGCCACGUUUAUGCGCCCCAAGAAAUCGAUGACUGCCUUUUACGGCUGGACGAAAAUGCUGAAAAGAGUUUGUCAUCCCGCUAUGGCCCAUUCUCUGCCUUUGCGACUACAAAGAAUAGUCAUCUACACGAGAAUUCGCCUUCAACACUCCCAGGGUCUUCCUCUUCCGCAACUGCAAUCUCACCACAGCUUGAGUUACCAAUAGGAACACCUUCGUUACAGCAGUCCAUAGCGCAUGAGGCUGUAUCCAUAGCCUCACAAGAUGACCAUCCAAGCUUAGCAUCGGAAAUGGAACUCUUACCAAUCGAUGCCACUCUCCCUUGGUCUCCAAUCUUCAGCAACCUUGAUAGCUUACCAAUAGAUCCUUACCUAAUUACCGACUUUUCACUAGGUGAGGACCUCUUGAGCGAGCAGUUACCCGCAGGGCCUAGACUUUUAGGUGAGAAUCAAGAGCAAUCGACAUCAGGCACAGCCAUGACUUUGGCCCAAAUAAAUUACGGUAUUCCACCGACCAUAACCUCAAGCUUCUUCCAAGACUCGGAGAUUGAUGCCUUGGUGAGGCAUUAUCACAUACACGUUGCUGGUCUCAUUAUACCAGUUGAUCAUUCGGAGAACCCUUACCGACGUCUUUAUCUAUCUACGGCGAUCGAAGGCAUUUUCAACAGAGAGUCCCGCGUAACAACUUCAAAGGAAAUGGCAUACAGUGCUCUUUAUCAGUCUUUACUGGCAUCUGCAGCCUACCACCGUUGGUAUUGUGAUCAGACACAGACUAGAUACCGGGAAAUAGCUGUCCGAUACCGGUACCAAGCAAUGCAAUCAUUGCAAAAUGCAGUUCAAGAAGCCACCCCCGAAGCAAAUUAUCAGGUCUUGAUGAUAACGAUACUAUCUUUUAUCACGAUUGGCGUUCUAUCUGGUGAUGGAGACGAGUUCCGUAUACAUAUUGAAGCGGCUUCUCGACUUCGGAAUUCACGCAAAAAUUGGAAGCUUCUCAGCCGCCAAUCGAGGCAGAUCAAUGAGAUAAGCGCUUUUUUAGACCUACUUUCUCGAACCAUGACGUUCGGUCCUUCCUUGUUGCCGUGGACUGGCCAAAGUGAUAGGCUUGCAGCAGCAGAAGAUAGGAUUAUACGAUCGAGUGGAUGUUACGAGUAUGUCUAUGGCAUCACGCCUGCUAUUGCUGCGGCACUUAACAAGACCUGUCGACUUGCUGAGCAGUUGGUACACUAUCGCCAAAACAAUCAAGACGACACAAAUAUACCCGAUGGUAUUGUAAAAGCUUGCGAGGAAUUGGGAAACACACUUCAAUCGUGGCAGUUCGAACGAGAGGACAUCACCUCAAUUCCCCGUAGUGAUGUCCUUGGCUUCUCGAUUCUGACUCACCAAGCAAAGGCUUGGCACGCCGCUGCUCUCGUUUACUACUGCACUCGCAUCCAAGGCGCCGAGCCUAUCGACCUAAUCCGAGAAACUGAUCUUGUUAUGGAACACUUACUCACUGCAGAGGAGAUCAAAUCAAAGGCGGGGACUAUAAAACAAAAACAACACCUUGCCCCAAUCACCUGGCCUGGGUUUAUUGCUUCUUGUAACAUUCUUAAAGACAGGCGCGAUGAUUGGAAAGAGUGGUGGCAGCAUAUGCUCGCCUACAAGAUUGGGAAUAUUGAGAAGCAGUGGGAUAUUGUGCAGAAGAUAUGGGAGAAGCUCGAUCAAAUGGAGCAGCUUGGGAUAGAAAUGGACUGGACGGUGGCAUUUGAGAGUCUAGGAACAAAUAUUCUCCCAACAUAA